GGCUAGGGAACAGUGAGCAGCCAGUGAAGCAUCCAGCCAGCCGAACAAGCUUGCUUUUAGGGUCAGGAACUGGUCUGACAAGAGAAUGGCAAUCCUGCCUUUAAACUGUCACUAGGACUGUACGGCCGACGAUGAAUCCACCACAACUGGAGGCCCAAAGGCGAAACGCUGAGGAAGAGAAUGUGAAGACAUAUUUCAGGACAUUGUGAGUGCUACUAAAGAUGUCUGAUAGUGUCGAUAUUGAAGAGAAACCACCAGCCCCCCCCUUGAGAAUGAACAGUAGUUCCCGAGACUCUUCAUCAGUGAAUCACGCAUCCAAACCGCUUCCAAUGGCUCCAGAAGAGAAAAACAAGAAGGUCCGCCUGCGCUCCAUCUUCCCCGGGGGAGACAAGACAAACAAGAAGAAGGAGAAGGAGCGUCCUGAGAUAUCCCUACCCUCUGACUUUGAACACACCAUUCAUGUUGGCUUUGAUGCUGUAACAGGAGAAUUCACAGGUAUACCGGAGCAGUGGGCGCGGCUCCUACAGACAUCCAACAUCACAAAGCUGGAGCAGAAGAAAAACCCACAGGCAGUGUUGGAUGUCCUAAAGUUCUACGACUCCAAAGAAACCGUAAACAACCAGAAAUACAUGAGCUUCACCUCGGGAGAUAAGUCAGCACAUGGGUACAUAGCAGCAAACACUCUGAACCGACUGCUGUCAUCUGGGCCUCCUGUCAGCCUUAGAACCUGCAGCGCAUUAUUUGACAAGCAGGGUGCCAAAACGUCGUCGACAGAACCCCCUAUUGCCCCGCCCGUGUCCGAGGAGGAGGAUGAGGAGGAGGAGGAAGAGGAGGAGGAGGAAGAAGAUGAGGAUGACGAUGACGAGCUGCCCCCGGUCAUCGCGCCUCGGCCCGAACACACUAAGUCUAUCUACACACGCUCCGUCAUGGACCCACCAAAGCCUCCGACCCCCGUGAAAGAGGUUCUAACUCCCCCAGAGUCUCAGGUCCAACCGGAGAACACGUCCAACACAAUGUACCGCCACACUGACCGGCAGAGGAAGAAAUCCAAAAUGACAGAUGAAGAGAUUCUGGAAAGACUCAGGAGUAUCGUGAGUGUGGGGGAUCCCAAGAAGAAGUACACACGCUUCGAGAAAAUAGGACAGGGAGCGUCCGGCACUGUGUACACUGCCAUCGACAUCGCGACUGGUCAAGAGGUGGCCAUUAAACAGAUGAACCUGCAGCAGCAGCCCAAGAAAGAGCUGAUCAUCAAUGAGAUCCUGGUGAUGAGGGAAAACAAAAACUCCAACAUAGUCAACUACCUGGACAGUUAUUUGGUCGGAGAUGAGCUGUGGGUGGUGAUGGAGUAUUUGGCCGGAGGCUCGUUGACAGAUGUAGUGACUGAGACCUGCAUGGACGAGGGCCAGAUCGCUGCGGUCUGCAGAGAGUGUCUUCAAGCUUUGGACUUCCUACACUCCAACCAGGUGAUCCACAGAGAUAUAAAAAGUGACAACAUCCUCCUGGGUAUGGACGGAUCCGUCAAGCUCACCGACUUCGGCUUCUGCGCCCAGAUCACUCCCGAGCAGAACAAGCGCAGCACGAUGGUGGGAACGCCUUACUGGAUGGCGCCGGAGGUGGUCACUCGGAAGGCUUAUGGGCCGAAAGUGGACAUCUGGUCUCUGGGAAUAAUGGCGAUAGAGAUGGUGGAGGGAGAACCGCCUUACCUGAAUGAGAAUCCGCUCAGGGCGCUUUACCUGAUAGCAACCAAUGGGACUCCAGAACUACAAAACCCGGAGAGACUGUCAUCAGUGUUCAGAGACUUCCUCAACCGCUGUCUGGAGAUGGAUGUGGACCGCAGAGGCUCCGCCAAGGAGCUGCUUCAGCACUCCUUCCUCAAGCUGGCAAAGCCUCUAUCCAGCCUGACGCCUCUGAUUGUAGCUGCGAAGGAAGCCAUAAAGAACAGCAGUCGCUAGGGUGUGCCGGCUGUCCGCACCCGUGGAUGAAGCCCUGCCUGUGAAAAUGUGCGCUCGUGGCAGCAGGGGCUUGGAUGAGUUGACGGUGGGUGAUGUGACAGUGACAGCACAGGAGGGGCUUGUGUGUGACUUACGGCGACAGCACAAAGACUAACGACCCCCCGGCCUCAUAUGUAGGAGGAGGGACAUCUGGCCUCGCAGCCUAUCAGCCCGCGCUGCUGAAAAAAGACCUUGUCUCCUCGUUUACUUCUCCAGCACUCUGUACAUGUAGAGCAGUCUAUCACAAGUAUGCUUGAGUGUGUGGGCGGGUGUGUGCGUGUGUGUGUGUGUGUGUGUGAGAAAGAGCGAGAGAGAGCGUGCGCGUGCGUCUUCAAACUGUGCACUUCUCUUUGUGUCAUACGUCUCGGUUCGGGGGCAGUCGUUACCAAAACUAAAAGAGAGAGAGAGAAAAAAAAAAGGGUGAAUAAAUUGAAAAGACGGUGUGCGCUCUUUCUGGAAUAACCUGCUGGAUCAAAGAAGAAGAAGAAGAGCAAAACUCAAAACUGUGACUCCUCCGACGCUCCGCUUCAGGCUCGGCUUGCUUUCUUCUCGCCCUUUCGCCGAGCGCGAACAGGCCACACCUGCAACCUGCAGAGACCAGCCGACGCGAGAGAGUGACUCUGGACCCAUCCUUCACCUGCAUGACUCCGGCUCCGCUGCUCCUCUGCAGAGCGUCACAUCACGAGGCCAUUUAGGCUGUGUGAGCGUGUGUGUGUGUGUGUGUGUGUGUGUGUGUGUGUGCUUGUGUGUGAACGUGUGUCGGGGUGCAGCUACAGGGGGAACAAAGUCAGGAAUAAUUUCUCAUAACUUAACGCCAGCUUUAAAUACCCUUCAGUGAUCUCUUUGAAUUUAUUAGCAGGAAAAUUCUUUUUUUUUUCAGGCAGUAAUCACUGAAGACUGUUUUCUUUCGGUUGUUUACUUAUUUCUGCUUAAAAUAACAGAGUAUUCAACUUUAUCUACAAUAUUUAACCAGCCAAAACUGUUCUGCAUCGUCAGUCGGUGAUGCGUCUGUCUUAUCGGAUUCAGGAGGAACGCGUUUCCUGUUCAGCUGUGUUUGGGACACAUGGUUGUGUAAUUCAAAUCAGCAUUUACAACCCUGCAUCCCUGCAUAUACAAUCAAAGAGUUAUGAACUUUCUAAGACACAGCUUCAAGAAAAAAAAUAGAUCGUGAUCGUCGUUCCCCUGCAUUACCGCAGAGGUCCGGUUCCACAGUGCUCCGAGCAUCCACGUCCCUAAACCUGGUAAAUUAGGAUCCACUCUCUGAUAGCCAAACAGUGGAAAUGGAAAAAUCACUGAUGAUGAGUAAAAUUUACAAGCUAGAAAUUAAAAAACAAAAAACAAAAAAAAAAAAAACUUGCCCUCAUUAUUUGCCUUCAAAAA